AUGUGGAGCUCUCGCGCUCCGUUUGUUGUUUCUCUUUUUCUGCUUCACUUGGUAGCUCUGGUCUCAGCUGAUCAAAGCUCAACCAGUAAUCAGUGGGAAACACUCAAUGGCAAGCCGCCUGUGGUCAUAGCACACGGGGGAUUUUCAGGACUAUUCCCUGGUUCUACUGAAGUGGCAUAUGAAUUCACAUUGUCCACGAGUGUAUCAGAUGUGUUAUUUUGGUGUGACGUCCAACUGACCAAGGAAGGAGCUGGAAUUUGCUUUCCGGAUCUGCUACUGAAUAACAAUUCUGAUGUUAAAGUUAUGUAUCCAGAGAGGGUCAAGAAUUACACAGUUAAUGGAGCUCCUACCAGUGGAUGGUUUACCAUUGAUUAUACUCUCAAGGACCUUGCACAUGUUUAUGUUACGCAAGGAGUAUAUACCCAAGCUGAAAGGUAUGAUGGAAACGGGUACCGAAUUAUCACUGUUGAAUAUGUGGCUCUGAAAUUGAAACCACCAGGCUUAUGGUUGAACAUUGAGAAAAAUAUUUUCUUCUCACAACACAACCUGAGUAUGAGAAACUUUGUGCAUUCUGUAAUGAGGAAAGUGGCUGUCAAUUACAUCUCAUCACCAGAGGUGGCUUUCCUGAACAGCAUUAAAGGAGCUGUUAGUCCAAGAACUACUAAGCUGGUCUUUCGCUUUCUGGGACUAUCUCAGAUUGAGCCUUCAACCAAUCAAACUUAUGGAUCUCUGUUAAAUAAUCUCACAUUUGUCAAGACCUUUGCCUCAGGAAUUCUAGUUCCUAAAUCUUACAUAUGGCCUGUCACUAAAGACAAUUAUUUGGAACCACACACUUCACUUGUUGUGGAUGCUCAUAAAGCAAAACUUGCAGUGUUUGCUUCCGACAUGAUGAAUGAUGCAGCAUUACCCUACAAUUACAGUUAUGAUCCAUUAGCUGAGUACCUGUCAUUCAUCGACAACAAAAAUUUCACUGUUGAUGGUGUCAUGUCUGACUUUCCAAUCACUCCAUCAGCAGCCAUAGUUACAGUGAAUGAUGAGAUGAAAUUCCAGGAAUUGCACAUCAAUGCAUCAAAUCCUAAGGAACUAAGAGUGAAGUGGUCAGACUUCCCCAGUGAUUUCGUAUUUGGAGUCAGCACUGCUGCUGCACAGAUUGAAGGAUCAGCAAACAAAGCAGGACGAGGACCAAGUGUUUGGGAUCAGUAUGUUAAGAUAUUUCCAGAAAGAAUUGCUGACCGUUCUACCAUGUCAACAACAAUCAAUUCUUACAAGCGAUACAAGGAAGAUGUGAAGGCAAUAAAAGCCCUUGGAGUUGAUUCUUAUAGAUUUUCCAUCUCUUGGACUAGGCUUCUCCCGAAGGGAACUUUGAGUGGAGGAAUAAACCAAAAGGGUAUUGAUCACUACAACAACUUGAUUGAUGAACUAAUCAAGAAUGGCAUCACACCAUAUGUAACCAUAUUACAUUUUGAUGCUCCACAAGCCUUGACAGUGAAGUACGGAGGCAUUCUCAAUCGGUCAUUUGUGAAUGAUUUUAAGGAUUACAGUGAACUUUGCUUUAAGAACUAUGGAGAUAGAGUCAAAAAUUGGAUUACAAUCAACGAGCCUUUUAUUAUAGCUGAAAUGGGUUAUGAUCUUGGGGUUGCUGCACCAGGGCGGUGUUCUGUACCAGGCGGCCCUUUCAAUUAUUGCACAGCUGGAAAUUCAUCUACUGAACCUUACAUUGUGGCUCAUAACCUUCUCCUUGCCCAUGCCACUGUUGUUAAGCUCUAUAGAGAAAAGUUUCAAAAAACACAAGGUGGACAAAUUGGAUGGAGUCUUGUAGGUUCGUAUGUUGAGCCUUAUUCAAAUUCAGCAAAGGACAAAGCUGCAGCUAAAAGAAUAUUGGACUUUGAAAUUGGAUGGUUCAUGGAACCAAUAGUGUAUGGACAUUAUCCAAAGAGUAUGAGGCGCUUGGUCAAGAAAAGGCUCCCCUGUUUUACCAAAGAAGAGAAGAAACUGAUUAAGGGAUCCUUCGAUUUCAUCGGCAUCAACUAUUACACCUCCAGAUUUGGUAGAAACAUUCAAGCACAUUCACAUAUGCCACGCCUCGCCCGCAAUGAUUCUUUAGCGUCAUCAGAGCUUAAUAAUGACAAAGGACUCCAAAUUGGUCCUAAGGCUGGUGCCAGCAUAUACAUCUAUUCUUAUCCACAAGGUCUCAAGAAACUUUUGAAGUUCAUGAAGCGAAAAUACCAGAGUCCUAAGAUCUACAUUUCCGAAAAUGGAAUAACAGAAGCAAAGAACAAUAAGCAUGGCCUCGGUGCAGCACUGAAGGACCCACAUAGAAUUGAAUGUAUUCUUCGGCAUUUGUACAUGAUCAAGCAUGGCAUAAAGAAGGGUGUGAAUGUCAAAGGAUAUUUCCACUGGGCUCUAUUCGAUGACUAUAAAAACAAUCUCAAGCGCAUUCCGAAAGAAUCUGCAAGGUGGCUCCCUAAAUUCCUCAAGGGCGAGGAUGCUUCUUCUGAACAAUGCCGCUACCGGCCUGCUGCUUCAAAACUCGAGAAAAUCAUUUACAUCUGGCAGCUUCUGUUGGAGGAUGCCUCUGUGCAUUUCAUUGUCCUGGUAUUUUCGGAGGCUCUUAUCGAUAUGUGGGUAAUGAAAGAAUAUGGGGUGGCUGAUUCCUGGUCUAAGCUCUUCAACUUUCAGGUCCCCAAUCGGCCUGUGAAAAUAUAUAGAUCUGGAUGGCUAUGUGUUUGGGACAGUAGUAUCAUUUUUGCGAGUGAGGAAACUCUUGAAUGGGAUGACAGCCUGCCAACAUUUAGAGAGUACCAGUUUAUGAGUCUUCAUCAUCAGGAAGACAAGCAGAAAAUUCAUACGAUUUGA